AAAAAAAGUUGCCUCACAACCAACAUCAUUUUCUCCUCAACAUCGCAUCCUAUCCGUCAUCCAGCGAUCUUUAUAAACUACAAUCAUUCUCACGCAACCGAAAUAAUCUCACCCACCGAGUCCCAUAACACCAAAACAAUAUUUUAAGAGAUGGCGUUUGGCGGUCCGCCGAGAGGUCGAGGUGGCGGUGGUGGCCGCGGAGGUUUCGCACCUCGUGGUGGUGAUAGAGGUGGUCGAGGCGGUGGACGAGGAGGUGGCAUGAGAGGUGGCCGAGGAGGUCCUCCAGGACGAGGCGGCAGAGGCGGUGGAAGAGGUGGACCCCCUGGACGGGGUGGUCGUGGCGGUGGUCGUGGCGGAAAGCCGGGCAUCAAAGGUGGUGCGAAGGUUGUCAUUGAACCCCAUCGCCAUCCCGGUGUCUUCGUCGCUCGCGGCGGCAAGGAAGAUCUCCUCGUGACCAAGAAUCUGACCCCAGGCGAGUCCGUCUACGGCGAGAAGCGCAUCAGCGUCGACAGCCCCGGCAACCCCGCCCUCAGUGGUGACGCCAACGAGGCCACUCCAGCUCUCAAGACAGAAUACCGUGUGUGGAAUCCUUUCAGAUCCAAGCUUGCUGCGGGUAUCCUGGGUGGGUUGGAAGAUAUCUACAUCCGACCAGGUGCCAGCGUCCUGUACCUCGGUGCGGCCUCCGGUACCAGUGUGUCGCAUGUAGCUGAUAUCGUUGGUCCCACUGGUCGAGUGUACGCCGUUGAAUUUUCCCACCGAUCUGGCCGUGAUCUCAUCACCAUGGCGACACACCGCACCAACGUCAUCCCCAUCAUUGAAGACGCCCGCCACCCUCUUCGCUACCGCAUGCUUGUUGGCAUGGUCGAUGUCAUCUUUGCCGAUGUUGCUCAACCGGAUCAGGCUCGUAUUGUCGGACUGAAUGCCCAUCUGUUCCUCAAGGUCGACGGUGGUGUUCUGGUGUCCAUCAAGGCCAACUGUAUCGACUCAACGGCCAAGCCUGAAGUCGUGUUCGCCAACGAGGUCAAGAAGAUGAGAGAAGAGAGAAUCAAGCCUAAAGAACAAUUGACGCUAGAACCCUUCGAGCGAGACCACUGCGUCGUUGCUGGUAUCUACAAGCACAGUACCGAUUGAAUGUAAAGCAAAUGGAACGAUCAACGACGACAGGAUACACGGAAGUCUGGCUCUAUCGUAUGGGAGAGACCACUGCCCCCACAUUUGCCAUUAGUUCAUUACACGGCAAAGCCAUGCCUCGAUGAUGUACAACAGUUAUCAACCGGUGACGGCUUGUGUCAACAUUUGGGGGCACGAGAGCUAGAACCGCUGAGGCAGAUCCAUCUUCUCACCCAGGCGCGUCUCGAAUGCAAAAAAAGGACGGUCGGUGUUCAUGUGGCGUUCAACUUGUUGGCAAGCUUUGACCGAACCGGAUGUGGAUAUCGGGAUUCGGGACAGCUGGGAUUGGAGUUUGUCUCUCGGGCUUAUGCAGCGAAUUUCUAAUGCGUCAAAUACUCCUUUAAGUGUCUUUUUUUUCGAUAAAGAAAAAAAAGGCAUGGCUCCUGUACUAUCAUGAGACCUUGACAUGUAAAGAGUUCGUCUUUGAUGCUAGGCCCUUGAGUAGAGGAAUGAGAAAUAUUAUGAUUCAGAUACUCAAUUCGUGAAUGCAUGAACUU